GCUUCCCUCGGUGCCGCAUGUCUCAGAGCUUGUGGCUGUAUGUUCGUCUGUUGUCCAGAUAUUGUGUGUGUGACUUUGUUAAAACUGUGUAAAGGUUGCGACCGGAUGUUGUGCGGUGCUGUCGCGUCAGAUGACACGUCCAUGACGACAGCGGUCAACAGAUCUGCGUUUGACAGAUGUUGGUUCGGGACAAACCGCUUCACUCAAUGCGGGAGUGUCGGAGGAGGAGAGCCGGUCUGUGCUUGGAUUAUUCACCGGAGGAGGAGAGAGCUACGCGGACUGAAACAUGUCCGGCGACAAGGCGACGAGUCCGUGCAACAAAUUCCAAGCCAACAUUUUUAAUAAAAGUAAAUGUCAAAACUGCUUCAAGUCCCGCGAGCUUCAUCUGUUGAACGACCAUGACAUGGAGCAGGCAAAACCCAUCUAUGGAGGCUGGCUGUGUUUGGCUCCUGAGGGGACAGAUUUUGACAACCCGAUGCAGAGGUCAAGGAAAUGGCAGCGGCGCUUCUUUGUCCUGUAUGAACACGGCAGCCUGAGCUUCGCCCUGGAUGAACUGCCGAGCACAUUGCCACAAGGCACGGUGAAUAUGAAUCUGUGCACAGAAAUCACUGAUGCAGAGCCCAGGACCAGCCAGAAAAAUGCACUCUGCAUCGUCACGCCGGAGCUGGAGAUAUUUAUUCGUGGUGACAAUAAAGAGAUCAUAAAUGGGUGGAGUGAACAGCUUGCGGUCUACCUGAGAACAAACAAGCAGAAUCAGAAGAAAAAACGCAAAGUGGAGCCUGUUGCCACCCAGGAACCCAGUCCAGCAAAGAUGGCUGCAACUGAUCCAAGUUUUCUGUCCUCGGAGAACGCUGCAGAGUCCGGCUGCAGUCGGUGGCAGGAAGACCAGCAGGGCAGGGGACCGGGUGUAACCCCCAUGUGGACUGUCGCAGACGCAGAUCCCCCCGGCCUAAACCCGACCCCUGCAGGCAACACACCUACCUACCUGUGCCCGGUCUCCAGGGACUCUCUGACCUUGGAUGGCGCUGGCAGUUUCAUCAGCCCAGUUGGCUCCUUGGACUUGGUGGCCAGUGGAAACACCGACCCCGGCAGUAACAACCAGCUGGCUGAGUCAAACAACAUCCAAACAUCCGCAAACAACAAGAACCAGAGCCAGGACAGAAGCCGUGGCAGACCAACAGAGAGGCUGCUGGGACUCGAGGCCACCGAGAAAGAGAAGAAAUUUGGAGCAACCACAUCCAGGAAGGGCAGGAAUGAUGCUCGCACCAACAAGCGAGAGAAACUCCAGUCGUGUGGAGACAUCGCCCAGCUGACCGCACCCCCACCUCAGAGAAGAUCCAGGUCUCUGGACCGCCGGGCGUCAGACACCGUCAUGACGCCAGAUUUAUUAAACUUCAAAAAAGGCUGGAUGGUCAAACUGAAUGAAAAUGAGCAGUGGAAGAAAUAUUGGUUUGUGCUGUCGACUGACAGUCUGAGGUACUACACGGACUCAAUAGCUGAGGAGGCUUCAGAUCUUAAAGGAGAAAUCGACCUGACAAAGUGUUACAACGUGUCAGAGUACCAGGUGCAGAGGAACUACGGCUUUCAGAUCCAUACCCUGAAGGGCGUCUACACAUUAUCGGCCAUGACUUCAGGUAUACGCAAGAACUGGAUCCAGGCUCUGAUGAAAAAUGUACAUCCAGCUAACGCCCCCGAUGUAGCCAGUUUACCUGGCCACCUCGGCCCCUGCAGUCCACCUGAAGCUCUGCCCAAACCAGAUGUGACUCAGGACUCUCCCAGUGCUGACGUCUUUACAGAGAGAGACCCUCAACCCAAACACAGCAGUGUGAGGGACAAACGGCGGGAAGGACGCUACAAAACCUUCGACUGGGCUGAGUUCAGGCCUCAGAACAAGCCGACUCUGGACGCAGAGCCUCAGAGGAUUAAACAUCUGUGCUCACUGGACUUGGGUGACCUGGAGAGGAGGAAGAGGCGGGAGGAGAGGAGGAGGCGGUAUGAGAGCGUGCUGGGACUCUCCCUGGGUUGGGAGGUGACUGGAGAUAAAACAGCAGAUGGCCGUGUCAGAGCACUGAGUCCAAAAUCACAGCAGAAAGUGGAGGAAGAGAUCGAAGAGUGCUGGAAGCAGGUAGAGAAGACCGUCUUCAGAUCGGUGAGGACCGUCCCGCUGUUUACAGAGGACAAAGACUCUGUUAAGAUGGAGAAGCUGCUGGACAGCUACAGGACCGGGGUGGAGGAUCUGAAGGCCCAGCUGGCAGAGUCAGAGCAUCGCAGACUGGAGCUGGAGGCUCAGCUGAGUACAGCAGGAUAUUAUCAGCAGCAGCUGGACCCUUCACCAAUUUCUGAAGCAGAUUUUUGCCCAUCGGACACGAAUGAUAAGCCAUUAAACCACACGCAAACCCUGAAAGAUACAUACAAAGAAACCAGAGAGCUCUUACAGCAGCAUGACAUAAUCAGACAGGGCAUGCAGGAGCAGCUCAGCAUUUCACCGUCUUCAUUAACGCCUCAGACUCCCAGCAUCUGGCUGCAUGACACAGAGGGCAUUUUCCAAGAGCUUGGGGAUUUGCUUACUGACACAGUAGCCACACCUUUAUUAUCCCCUGAAUCAGACAGCCAAGACUUACUUUCUGAUGGAGAAACUAUAGAGCUACAAUUGGACGUUGCAACAACCAACCACCAGAACCAGCUGGACAGAGAAGACCGUCAGCAGGUUUCCAGCUCAGAAACUAAAAUAAAUAACGGCGUAUAUAGUUCAUUAAUUCUGGAGGAGCCAACAGGGGGAGGUGACGAAUCUCUGAACGGCUGCGUAGAGCACCAUAUACCUCCGGACGAGGCCAUGCUGAGGAGGCUUUCCCAAGAGGUGGAGCUGCUAACCAGCCAGAACGAGGCUCUCAACCAGCGCAACCAGGAGAUGCUAAACCAACUGACCGAGGCAGACCGCGAGAUAGAGAGACUGAAAGCAGAGCUCAACAGCAGGUACACUGAACCCCAUCACCUCCCUGAAGUGGAACAGCUGGGACAAACAAGGGUAGACGGUGUGAAGGGGGAGCUGAGCUUGAGAAACCAGCAGCUCCUGGAGGCCAGGGCCACGAUCGCCUCCCUGGAGGAGAAUCUGAGGGAGGCAGAGGCGCUGCUGCAGCUGAAGGUCCCAGCAGAAACAGAAGAAACAGGACAGGAGAAACGCGAGAGUGCUAAGGAAGCGGAAGGACACCUGUGUUUGGAGGCUGCCGAGGCCAAGCUGACGGAGCUGGAGAAGCAGGUUGACCAAUCAGAGCUGGCCUGCAGGGAGCUCCAGACGCAGAACGCAGAGCUGAAGGAAGCUGAGAAACUUUACCUUCAAGCGGCUGCAGAGGCGGAGGCCGACAUCAGGAGGCUGAACCAAGAGUUGGAGGAGGAGAGGUUGAAAGAUGGAGAUAGCAACAGAUGUGUUUCUGGUGAAGAAAGGACCAAGCAAGUGGUAGAGGGGAUGGUCAUGAGGUUGAACGCUUUGGGGAAAAUACUGGAGGUGAUUGAGAAGUUGGAUGUUAGUUUGAGAAGAGAAGGGAAUGAGCCUGCAGUGGUGAGUCAGCUGAAGUGGGAGGAGGAGUUUUGGAGUUUGCUGCUGAACAAACUGAAGCCCUCCCAGUUUAGUGAGGAGAAACCUGUCGAAGUGCUUGUUAGUGAGGUGACAGAACGUAUGAUAGUGGAGAAACAAUUGCUGCUUUUAGGGCAUGGUCUGCUUUCUGAGACAGGUUCAUGCACAGAUGAAGGGAGGGAAGGUUUGAAAGAUCUUGAUAUUUGGAAUAUUGCAAGUGAGACGGAAACCAAAAAGGUAGAUGAAAGCAGGAUGUUUGAGUUUAAUGAGCAGCUGUGUGAGAUGGAACAUUUUAGAGUCGCCACACAGAUGAAAAUUGCUUUCCUAAACCACCUCGCCUCCUCUACCGACAAAUCUGCACAUGAAAAACUCCAGCUGAUGGCUGACAGACUCUCCGGCUCUCACUUUUCGGAGCACCCCAUGACUGAUUUCAUCCACUCUGCAGCAACUGAAGCGUUGUACUGCUGUCGUUUAAGCCGGCUUCAGUCAAAAUAUGAGAGGGAGCUCGAAGAAGCCAAACAGAAACGGCGCUCUUCUUCUCUCAUCUGCAGCAAAUGUGUCGACCUGACGGAGGAAAACGUGGAGUUGAGAGAAAGAUUGUCAAACCUAGAAGAACAACAGUUGUCAUCACUGGGCAAUAAGAUGAGCAUGUGUUGCCAGACAGAAGAGAUUUACCCACAAGGCAAAGAUGUUGAGGUACAGGUACCAGAUGAAAGUACAUUGGAUGGAAUUGAGGAAGAAAAUGUACAACAGACACCUGAAGCACCACAGGACGAGAUGGUUGGGUCCCUUGAGCUCGACUGCAUGGAAAUCCCACUUUCAUGUGUUGAUGGUCAGCUGGGAAUCCCAGAGAUGACAGGAGAAAACACAGAAGGUAGUGAUGCAACGCACGAGGAAACAGAUCUGAGCUCAGAGGUGAAGCAAGUUUUAGAGCUGAGGAGAAGAGUGAAGGAGCUAGAGGAGCAGCUGUCUGUCAUGGAGGAGGAGAUGAAAGAAGAGUCUGACGGGAACAUUAGUUCUGUUCAGGCGCAACAUGAGAAGGAGAUGGAAAAGCUGAAGGCCACGUGUGAGCGCGGCUUUGCUUCCAUGGAGGCGUCUCAUCUGAAGGUCGUAGAGGAACUACAGCGUUGUCACCAGCAGGAAGUGGAGCGCCUCCUGGUGGAGAGAGACAGACUGCUGGAGGAGGAGAGCGCUGCUACUGCAACUGCAAUCGAAGCCAUCAUGAACGCUCACCGGCUGGAGCUGGAGAAGGAGGUGCAGAAGAGACGUCGGUCAGAGAGCAGCACAGGAAACACACACCUGGAGGACAUAUACAGAACACACAGUGAGGAGCUGGCCUCCUACCAGCGGGAGCUCCAGGUUUUGUCCCAGCAGUUUUCUCUAAAGUGUCUGGAGAACGGACAUCUUGUCCAGGCUGUGGAUGCCGAGAGGAAGGCCUUGUGUCAGUGCCAGCAGGAAAACCAAGACCUGAGGACCAGAAACCAGGAGUUGAGCGGUCACCUCGCGGCAGAGAUCACCAGACUGUGUUCUCUGGCAAAGCCGGACGCCCUGCCGCUCAGUCAGAGAAUGGAUGUGUAUGAAAUGGAGAUUACGCUGCGAGUGAAGGAGUCUGAGGUGCAGUGUCUGAAGCAGGAGAUCACGUCUCUGAAGGACGAACUGCAGUCGGCACAAAAGGACAAGAGGAACGCCACGAAGAAGUGCAAGGACAUGUACACCGAGCUGAGCGUCCUGAGGGCCAAAACUGAGAGAGAGGUGGACAGACUGAGAGAAAACCUGAGGCUGGCUCAUCGCGCUCUGGACCAGACUUCACUGUGAAUUAUUAGUUUUAAAAAAAAACACAUUACAUUUGUUUUCACUGUAACAUCCUUUUAAUUUUACCCACAAUUUGUUUAAAACACAAAAAUAAGUUCCUUUCAUCACCUUUUAUUCUUCUUAGUCUUAUUUAAAUAAAUCCACAAAUGUAUCCACAAACUCACUUCACACAGCUUUUUAUUUUUGGUUUCAAAAAAAUAAUUAUGUUGUCUGUCUUUUGUGUAUUAUGUCUGUCUGGACUAAUUAUUAACAUUUGUGACUGUGAUUUAUAUUAAAUUCUAAAGUUUUUAGUUUUAAUAUUUGUAUUUACCAAAUAUCUUAAAAAACAACAACAAACAACUGGUUAUUUUGUGUACUUUUAUAUGUAUCUGUACAACCAUUUUAUUAAAGUGAUACUUUCAUCUGAUGCACGUUUUCAUCCUCAUCCUCCUCUGCUGUAUGUGUCAUUAAACUGGUCAAGUAUUUUUCAAGUAUUUAUCAAUUAAAUAAUUUAAAUUAAAGUCGUUUCUGCCUGGUAACUUUACUGGCAGAUUACACCAGCUGUAAUUUAUAUGUGUUCACUGCAGUAUUAUUAAUAAAAAGUCAAAGUGUCAGAUGAAA